AUGAUUAAAGGUUACAUUUUGUGUAAUGUGAUAAUUGAUGUGACUAUCAAUUUUGAAGCCUGUAACUAUUUUAAGGCUGAAUGGUCUGUUACUACUACAAAUGACCUAAAUCUGAAAUGGUAA